AUGGUACAUGAUCAUUUGAUCCAAAGGUCGGGAGUGAACAACUGGACCAGUAAACAUGACAGAAAAUCAAAUUUAGAUCGCAUGUGGCUAAUAAAAUGGUCCAUGCGCCUGACCGGAAUUUGGCCAUACGAUCUAGUUGGCAAAUAUUCGACAAUGUGGUUUAUGUUUACGUGCCUGAAUUGGUUUUCUUUGGUCUGGAUGGGUUUUGCAAUGUGUUCAUUUAUGUACAGAUACAUGAACGAUAUUAUUGUUGUGAUAGAUACAAUUUGUACCUACAGUACAAAUGUAAUAUGUAUGGUUAAAAUGACAUGGAUCAUUUAUAAACGACAACUUUUUCAUGAGCUGAUAGAUAUUGUACUUAGCAACCGUUUGCUGGAGAUUAAUCCUUUACUGGAAUGGAAUAGGGGAAUACCUUCAAGUUAUGCCCAAAAGCUGCAAAAAUUUACAAUUAAAAUAUUUGAUAAAAAUUGGAAAGAAUAUCGUAUAGUAUCCAGAAUUUUUUGUACCAUGGUUAUUGUCACUGCUUUAUCAUAUGCAAGUAUUCCGUUAAUAAUUAUGGCUUAUAUGAAAUUUACAUCUGGAAUUGUGCCAAGACAUCAUAUCUACAACGCCGAUUAUUCAGUGUUGUCGAUUGAGGUGUCACAGACGCCCUUCUACGAGACAUCAUUAACACACGAAACAUUCGUAGGACUAAUUAUUUAUUCAGUUGUAGUUGGCUUAGAUGUCAUCUACUGCUUCUUCACAAUGUACCUGCGAGAUCAACUUCGAAUAUUGCAGCAAAUGUUGAAAAUGAUUGAUGAAGAAAUCGAUGAACCUUUCAAGCAGAAAAAAAUCAUUGAGUGCGCUGAUGAACGUCUCAUGAAAUGCGUGCGGCACCAUACAACAAUAAUCAGUUUUCAGAAUAAAUUGGAAGUUGCCUAUGGCCCAGUAACAUUAUUCCAAACAGUAUUGAGCUCGAUUUUGAUAUGUGUAAUAGCAUUUCGAAGUUCUAUAUCAACGACGGAUUUGACAAAUUUAUUAAUAAAAAUACCAUAUCUGUUGGCGGCCAUAGUUCAACUUCUUCUGUACAGUUAUUAUGGACAGGCUGUUAUUAAUGAGAGUACAGAACUGGCUACAAGUUUAUAUGAAACACACUGGUAUGAAUAUUCGAAAUCAUUCAGAAGUAGUUUGUUGAUAAUUUUUCCACAAAUUCAAAGGCCUUUGCAUCUUAGUGGAAUGGGAUUUAUUGUUAUGUCGUUGGAUUCGUUCAAAGCAAUUCUGAGUACAGCAAUGUCGUAUUUUACUCUUCUACAAUCUAUCACGGAACCGGCUAAGAAAAAUUAA